UCCCAUCAAAAGCACCCAGCGUCCCUCUCUCGUUGCUUUUCACUCCCACGCGCACCCACAGUGUCCGGUCAGGAAAUGGCAGCUGAGCAUUCCUUCUCCGAGCCGGAGAUGGAGGUCGACGACAGCCUCGGGUACCCGGUCGCGUAUGGGAAGCUCUGCCGAGACCGCGGCGCCAGCCCGUACGCCCACGGCCCGCCGUUCGCCUUCACGCCUCACGCUCUCCCGCCACAUGCGGCUGCAAUGGUAGAAGAUUUGGAGCUGAUGUUUCCGAUAAUCAACCCAAAAGCAAAGCCUACUGCCAAGCCAAAGAUCUUUAUCAGCCUCCUGUGGAAGCAACUUAACCAUCUUGGGAAUGCCGGCUUUGAUCCUACGGUAAUUCGAGUGGACCCUUAUGGGAAUGUUCUCUAUUAUCAUGCUGAUUCGGCAUCUCCGCUCGCCUGGGACAUUGAUCAUUGGUUUCCUUGCUCAAGAGGUGGGUUGACUGUUCCAAGCAACUUGAGGAUAUUGCAAUGGCAAGCUUGCAAGAAAAAGCAUAACAAAUUGGAAUUGCUAGUUCCAUGGUGGGAUUUCCAAUUAGGCAUCUCUGUGAAUCAGUUCUUAUCGAUCUUUGCUUCAUCGAAUUCAGAUUUCAGGCACAGAGCAUUCUCGUUUUUGUUCUUGGAAGGUGAAAACGAAGAAAUAAAUGCCUCCCAAACAGUAGAAUCACACUCUUUUCCUCAGCACUUUAUCGAAUCAAAAGAGAGAGUUGGCUUAGCUCCGGCUGCCAUUGUGGUUUCUCGGAGGGAGUCUCGUGAUUCCUUUUCGAAUUUUAUAUUGACCGAUUCUAAUAGAAAACAGAGGGCACACAAGGCUAUGAUGGUGGCCAGUAAGCUGAAUUCCAGCCCGCUGAAAGAAAAUGAAAACCCGAAUCAGUUGAGAAAUCCGUACCAGGAGAUUGUCUUGGCUAGAGAUUCACUAAGACGAAAGGACGAGGCGACAAAAAUGCAGGCUGAACUAGCAGAACUUGAUGAAGAAGUCAACCAGAUGAAGAGAAAGAAUGAAGAGGAAAAACUUGCUAUUCAAGACUUGGAACUAACCCUGAUAAAAAGGAGGAGGAGGGCUGAAAAGUGUAGAAGACUAGCAGAGGCACAAUCUUCGUAUAGAACGAUGCUGGAGAAGAUGAUUCGAGAUGCUAUGCAUCAGAGUGUCAUCUAUAAGGAGCAGGUGAGACUGAACCAGGCUGCAAGUAAUGCACUAAUGGCAAGACUUGAAGCCCAGAAAGCAAUAUGUGACGCAUCUGAGAGAGAACUCCACAAAAUCCACAAACAGAAGGAUGAAAUUGCGCAACAGGUUCGUCCCGAGUGGGAGCAAGCAAGAAAGAGGUCCAGAAUGGAUGAUACCUUACUGAUUGACGAGAAAGACAAAAAAACGAUCUUAUAUUUACCAGGAAUCAAGCCGAGGACACCGUUACACAAGGAACUGAGACUCUUCCUAGAAGAGGAACAUAAAGCAACCAAAGCUCGAUUUUCUCUCACUGGAGAGCAAAAUCUAGAAGAAGCACAACAGGGACACCAAUCAACUGCGAAAGAUUCCCAUGAAGAGAGUCCCGAAGAUUGUCCUGCAGUGAAGGAUCAAUCUACAGGACAGUGUGAACCGGAGGUUUCAGGAGAAGGAGAAGGGAAAAGGCACAGCAUUUUAUUCCCUGCUUUACAAGAAACAGAAACUGAGGAAGAUGGAGAGAGCAGGAAGCAACGUGGAAAAGCCAAUGUUGAAAGAUGGCUGCACAUGCUGCUGGAGAAUACUAAAGAUGAACUGAGCCCUCGAAAUGAAGAUGAAGGGAAGAGAAUGACCAGUGAUGAAAUAAUCAGGAAGAUGGACCAUAAGUUCCCACAGAGAGAGGAGGAGAAAAAGUUCUCAGAUUCACAGGAUGAUGCGGGUCUUGGAAAAGCUCAGGUGGAGAACAAACAGAAAGAAACUCAAGAAAAAGAAAGUGAGAUAAAAGAAGAGAUUGUUGAGACAACAGAGCUGGUUAAAGCGCCUUAUGUAAGAGGCCAAAGGAGUGAAGUAAGCCGCCACGGUGUUGUAACAACUGUAAGUAAUGAGAACAUUGAGGGGAAAGAGAGAGGAGAAAAGUCUAAAAAAGAAAAGGGGCUCGUGAGAUCAGAGAGUGCAAGGAUCCUUCGACGGAUUCCGUCGUCACCAUCUGUGAUCCUGGGGCUGAAAAAGGGUGUGGACUGCAUCAGAAAGAAGCCCAUGGUGGUUGAUGACAUUGAUGGGGAUGAGAAUUAUGAUGCAGAGAGCAAUUUCAUCAAAUCAUCCUUCAGGACAGUCAGGAGAGCUGUCAAUUUAUAAACCCCUUCACUCAGCAGCUUCUCUAUGCAUUCAUUUGUACUUAAAAUAUUCCGUUUUAUGGGGUGCUUGCCAACGACUCCAUUUUAUAAAUAAUUGUGUGCAAAGUUUGGAUUUUAUGUUUCAUUUGUUCAUUGAAACUGGUUGUGUAAGCUUGUUAACGGCUUGGUUCGAUUUCAAUAUCCCAAGUUCUUGGCUAUAUUUUUUUUCAA